AUGGAUAAGUUGGCGGAACAGCCACAACUGGCUGAACAAUUGCUUAGGAAUGUGCCAAUUUAUGUCCGCUGUGCAAAUUGCCAAUUAGUUAGACCUUUACCAGAAGCCAGAGGUCAUUAUUGUUGGUGUCGACAUUGUUAUACUUAUUAUUGUUCUCGUAGUUGUAGACAACGAGAUUGGGAAAGGCAUAGAGAUAAAUGUUCUUUUGCCAGAAUAAAUUCUCUUUGUAAAGAGGUUAUUAUGAAGGUAUUUGCUUGGAAAUUUUUUACUUCCACUAAUAGACCAAAAGCCUAGAAAAUCUGAUUUAAGGUUCCAGGUCCUUUCAAGAUCACUUAGGGAUAUGUCUUCGACUCUCCUCGGGUAAAGCUAAUCUCAGUACAUCCAUUCCCAUUAGGGUUGGGGACCCCCGGCCCGGUCCGGUCCAAAAUAUCGAGUCGGGCAUCGAAUUUUGGCCCGAAAAACUCUUCGGUCUGGCCCGAUAAAAAUAAGGCCCGAAAAAAUGACUCGAACGUCGGCCCGACUCGAACCCCAAACCCUAAUUCCCAUCAUUCUCAAUUUUCAAAAGUCGUUUCAAUAUUCCCCUACAUUUAGUAGAUUUAACGA